AUGGCCAUGAACCCCGAGCAAUCCAAUUGUCGCUUCUCCAAGCGAAUCUCGUUCCGAUGGAUCUCGGGUCCCGCCGAAGAGAAAACCGAUACAAUCGUGAUGUCCGUCAAAGACUGGUACGUUGAUUUGCGGAUAGAAACGGAGACGGGCAAAAUAGACUGGGCGAUUGCCGGGCAGAGGAUCGUGGAGAGUCAGGACCCUUUGCGGGUGACAUUUUCCCAUGAGCUUGACUCUCAAAAUGCAUUUGAAACAGUCGAUUGUGGAACUUUUGUCCCCUUGCCGAACGGCAAUGAUCUCGAGAUGGGGUCUAUGCCUCGUCAUGAUCUCCCUGGUUCACCAGACAAGGAGUAUGAGGAGGUAUGGCAGGGUUUGCCAUUCAGAGAGGGUCCCGAGGGGCCUGGAAAAGGUCUUUCGUGGGUACUGGAGUCAGAUGAUGGAGACCUCGGCAGUGGAGAAGGAGAGGUUACGGUUACGAAGACUUUUAUCGGUCGCAUCUGGGGAACGUAUUUGGCAUUGAGUCAGAUUCAGACUCAUACACGACAGAAGACUCCAUCUGGUGAUCUGGUUGUUAAGAAAUCCGGCGCUGAUGUCAGUGCCAGGAGGGAAGAAUGGGGAUCGGGGUGGAGUGAGAAAUACGCAGUUGGCGAAACUGCAGGUACUCUGCCUUCCAUGAUGGCUGGGCUUGAUGGAGAGGGAGAGGGAUCUUGGAGGACACCGGGGGAGAAGGUGGAAGUUCAAGGGAAGACGUAUAUUGUUCGAGCUUUCGAGCAAAUUUAG